AUGGUUUCAGUUUCGCCAUUGCAGUGUUUCCAGAAAGCAUUUGGUGAGCUUGCAGCGAGAGGGCUGCGCGACGUGUUCACACACAAAGCUUGUACCACGGCAUUCAAUGUCAACAAACUCCAGCAUUUUCUGAGCUUGGGAGAGAUGUCACCGCAAGUUGCACCGUGCAAGCCUCGGCCAGAAACCGAAAAAGAUGAUAUCUUGGAUUUUCUCGCCAAGAUGGCGUUGCAUGCCCCGGAGAUUUGGUUUUCCGUCAUUACGGGCUUGCAGUGUCCGCAGGAGGCGAAGAACGAUUGGGCCAACAUCGGCGUCGCUUUUGAUGCAAGUUCCCGGCUUCGGCGUGCUGGUAUCGAGUAUUACCAUGCCCUUCUUGCAGACGCUCAGCGUGCGGGAGAAACUGGGGGGCUUCCAAUCUGCUACUUCGAGCGGCUGGCUGCUGAUGCGCGGGUUGAUUCUACCACCAAGCAGGUUCCCAGCCGUCCCAAGUCGUCCCAUGUUCGCAUUGUGGCUGUCAGUGACACACACCUCCUCCACGACAGCUUGGAGAUUCCUGAUGGUGAUUUGCUUGUGCAUGCUGGAGAUCUUAGUUAUGAAGAGUCGCGAUCCAAAGAUGCACGUGAUGUGGAUAAUAAGUGGGAUGAAUUUAACGGCGAUUUCCGCAGAUUCCUGGAAUGGUUCAAGUCAUCUGAGUUGGAUGCUGCACGCGCUCUGCGAUGGCUUGGCACUGUAUCAGAGUUCGAGCACAGAGUAUUAGUUGGUGGAAAUCACGAUUACGUGCUGGAGCGGAUCGGGGAUGCCAAUGCCAUCGAGCUUUGUCAGACUUUCAACGUUCAUUAUCUUUGCACCACGGCGGAUCCGGAGCAGCUGAGAUUCCGAAAUGGAUGCAGAUUAGCAGUCUGGGGUUCAGGGGUGUCAGCUGCGUCGAAGCUGGCUCAGGGCCGCGCAGCUCUGUCGGGAAACAUAGCAUUUCAGCUGGAUGCGGAGAGCGGUGAGGCACAGUUUCGGGAGAUGACGGCGAAGCUUCCGGCAGGGUCAGUCGAUGUCAUGAUCACCCAUGGGCCACCUUGCGGAGCUCUCUAUGGAGCCUCUGGGAAGACCUUCCCCUCGUGCAUCAAUGACCUGAUUUCGAGAGUGCGACCGAAACUUUUCAUCUGCGGCCAUGCUCACAAUCCUGACGACAUGCAAUCCGACCAGAAAGCCGUCGACCUCGGCGAAGGAGUUUUGGGAAUACAUGCUGCGUGCACAGGCAAGUGGAAUCAGCUCUUGGGUAUGCCUUUUGUGGUGGACCUUCCAGCCUGUCGAGACCCGGCGACGCAGGCGACGGGCCGACCUUGGAGAGAAACACUUUGCUCAGCUGAGGGGUGCAGAGUGUCGUAG